CUGCAUUAGGUGGUCUUAGGUCCCUGUCAACGCUAGAAAUAGAAAGAAAUGCAUGUUGGAGAACUCCAUCAUUCCAUUGGAGAGAUGACGCGUUUGAAGUAUUUGUCUUUAUCUUCGAGUGCGCUUACAACACUUCCAGACUCCAUUGGAAAAUUGAAAUUUCUGCUUGAAUUGGACUUGGAUGGGACGGGAAUCACAGAGUUGCCUCAUUCUAUUGGAGAUCUUAAAAUGUUGACGAAGAUGAGUCUUGUCAUGGCCCCGAUGAAAAGGCUACCGAACUCCAUAGGAGGGCUAGAGUCCCUGAUUGAGCUAAAUUUGGAGGACACGCAUAUCAUAGAAUUACCUGCUUGUAUUGGGAAUCUCAAACGAUUGGAGGUUUUACAUCUAAGUGGGACUGCGCUAAGAGUGCUACCGAAAACUAUAGGGAUGCUAGAGAAUCUCAAAAGGUUGGAAGCCUCAUGUUGUCAAAAUUUGGAGGGGGAAAUUCCAAGUGAAAUUGGGGGACUAUGCUGUUUGAGGACGCUAAAUCUAUCAUGGAGCAAUAUCAGGAGAUUGCCCGCAACUAUGAAUCAGCUUUCUCAUCUCCAACAACUUCAUCUAGUGGGGUGCCAUGGACUUGAACAGAUUCCAGAGCUCCCCGUGAGUUUGAAGGAGUUGGAGUUCCCACCUCAUUUAUUGUGGACCGCCCCUGACCUUUCGUACCUAACUACCUUAGUCAAUCUUCAUAUAACUGAAAAGACUCCUCAGUUGUUAGAAUUCAUACGUGGAUUUCCAAAGAUAGAGUGGAUCGAGGAGUUAUCUAGUCUAGAGAGAUUGGAGGUCAUCAUGAGAGAUGUCACAUUUCCUCCGAUUAAUUUGGCUACUCUUUCUCGGCUUCGUGUUCUUAAGAUCACUUGUGUUGAACCCCGAUCUUUGAUGGGGCUCCCAUCCAGUCUUGAAGAAUUGUGUCUAUUCGAUGUGAAGUGGCUGAUGGAAAGGUCCCUCUUUUCCAACUUGACAAAUCUGUCCAGUUUGGAACUUCGUAACUGUCGGCUGAGGGAGGUUGAAUUUGACGAUGUGCUUGGACAACAGCUGGUGAAGCUCCACGGUUUGGGCGUGAGGGAUAGUGAAUUGAUCGAGAGGCUAUCCAUGCCAACAUUAAAGGGGCUCCAACGUUUGAUAGUGUAAAAUUGCCCGGGGCUAACGGAGAUUCAAGGCGUGGAGAAAUUGGAGUCAUUGGAGUUAUUGGUUAUCCUACACAGUUGCUUAAGAAGGUUGCCUGAUCUAUCGGAAUUGAAGAAGCUGUCGCGAUUAAGUCUUUUUUAUUGUCCGUUGCAAAAUUUGCCUGAUCUACGACUUCAAGACACAUGUCGUUUGGUGGUUAUAGGAUGUGGGAUUCCUUAUGGUUUUGAUGGAAAUUACAAAGAAUGGGAGGCGACUUACGGUCAUGGCGGGGACGUUAUGAACAGCCAACUAUAGAAAGAAAGAAUCAUCUCAUAUUCUCUUACAAGUACAGGGAUAAGUUCGGAGUGACCAGCUGGGGAACGAAGUACCGAUGAUAUACUGCGUAGAAGCGGAAAUUCUGGAUGGUACAAAUCACAAUUCUUACCU